UUCUCUCAUUGUUUGGGCACUCUCCCUCCAUUGUCAGGCUUAAAACAUACAGUAUCAUUGUCAUCUGUCCCUUGAAUAAUGGUCCUGAGGUGAUAUUAUUAAUGUGGCUUUUUAAAAUCAAACUAAUUAUACUUUCCUAAAAGAGCCACAUGUGUGUGAUUCUAGCUGCCUGGUGCCUUUUGAGAGCCCUGGAGACAAGCUAGUGAAUAGAGCUGAAAAUUCAUGCUGUAUUUGAUUAAACGGAACAGACUCGCUGCUCCUUACCCCAGCAGGGGCUGUGAGAUCUCUUGAUCCCCGAAGCGGCUCCUAGACCCUGGGAAUUCCAUUAGCGAGCACCUGAGGAAUUUCUGCCCUGCAGUGCCUUUUUUGUAUGUGUGUAUGUGUAUGUGUGGAGAGGGAGCAGAGCUGAGUAGUGAAUGGCAGGGGGAGUAGAGGGGGCGGAGAGCAGGCUGCAUUAGAAGGCUCCAUAUGUUAGCAGAUCUAAAAUCAAGGCAUGACUUAACAGCUUAUCUUGUAAGAAAAGCCCAACCCAAAGGCAGAGUGCUAGUGGGGACUUUAUUACAGGCAGGGCUGUGCUGGUGUGCUUUAGCACUGAAGCGAACCCUAGUGUAAGUACAGAGAGGCACUGCUUUCUGCUCUUCUUCUAAGUUCAAAAGAGAAUACGUAUUUGCAGCCUUGUAAGCUGAGGCCUGGGCUUUCUCCGAAAGUCUUCCCAGCCUACUUCUGUAAUUGGGCGAUAUGCAUCCAGACCUCGGACCCUUAUGGACACUGCUGUAUGUUCUUGCGAUUCUGUGUUCUUCUGUGAGCUCAGACUUGGCACCUUAUUUUAUUUCUGAGCCACUCUCUGCUGUCCAGAAGCUUGGUAGACCCGUGGUCCUAAAUUGUUCUGCUAAACCUGUUACUGCCCGAAUCUCAUGGUUGCAUAAUGGAAAACGACUGGACAGAAAUACAGAACAGAUAAAGAUUCAUCGGGGGACUUUGACCAUUCUGUCUCUUAACCCUUCCCUUUCUGGCUGCUACCAGUGUGUUGCCAACAACAGCGUUGGUGCCAUUGUGAGUGGCCCUGCAACAGUGUCCGCUGCAGCUCUGGGUGAUUUCAAUUCAUCAGCAAUGCAUGUUAUUACUGCAGAAGAGAAAAACACAGGUUUCGUUGGCUGCAGGGUACCAGAGAGUAACCCCAAAGCUGAGGUGCGCUAUAAGAUCCGGGGAAAAUGGCUGAAGUAUUCCACAGGAAACUACAUAAUCCUUCCCUCAGGAAAUCUUCAGAUUUUGAAUGUGUCCUUGAAGGAUGAGGGAUCCUACAAAUGUGCUGCCUACAAUCCUGUCACCAGUGAGCUGAAAGUUGAACCUACUGGCCAGAAGCUCCUUGUGAGUCGUCCUUCCUCGGAUGGUUUUCACAUUCUUCACCCUACUCUUUCUCAGGCAUUAGCCGUCCUUGCUCACAGCCCUGUUACCUUGGAGUGUGUGGUGAGUGGGGUCCCGGCCUCACAAGUGUAUUGGCUGAAGGAUGGGCAGGAUGCUGUGUCAGGAAGCAACUGGAGAAGGCUGUACUCUCAUCUUGCCACAGCUAGCAUCGACCCAGCGGAUGCUGGGAACUAUUCCUGUGUGGUGGGCAACAAGUCCGGAGAUGUGAAACAUGUCACUUAUAUGGUUAAUGUACUGGAGCACGCAUCAAUUUCUAAAGGGCUGCACGAUCAGAAGGUGUCCCUGGGGGCCACCAUACUUUUUACCUGUGAUGUUCAUGGGAACCCAGCCCCCAACCGCACCUGGUAUCAUAAUGCACAGCCUAUCCACUCCUCCUCACGGCGUCUAACUGAAGGAAAUGUGCUGAAGAUCACCGGGGUUAUCAUGGAGGAUUCUGGGUUAUAUCAGUGCAUAGCAGAUAAUGGCAUUGGAUUUAUGCAAUCUACUGGAAGACUUCAAAUUGAACAAGACAGUGGACAGAAGCCUGUUAUAGUCACCGCACCAGCAAACGUAGAGGUGAUGGAUGGAGACUUCGUGACUUUGUCUUGCAAUGCCACGGGAGUGCCUGUCCCAGUCAUUCAUUGGUACAGCCGCCAUGGAUUGAUAACCAGCCAUCCAUCUCAGGUCCUUAGGUCCAAAUCCCGAAAGUCCCACCUGUUCCGGCCUGGGGACCUGGACCUGGAGCCUGUCUACCUCAUCAUGUCCCAAGCUGGCUCGAGCUCUCUGUCUAUUCAGGCAGUUACUCGGGAGCAUGUUGGGAAAUACACUUGUGAAGCUACAAACAAACAUGGCAGCACACAGUCAGAAGCAUUCCUCACAGUUGUUCCUUUUGAGACAAACACAAAGGCAGAGUCAGUCACACCUUCUGAAGCUUCUCAGAAUGAUGAACGAGACCCACGAGACGGUUCAGAGUCCGGCCUGCUGAACUUGUUUCCAGCGAAGGUGCAUUCCAGUGGAGUGGAAUUGCCAGCAGAGAAAAAUGCCUCUGUCCCCGAUGCUCCUAACAUACUGAGCCCCCCUCAGACCCACAUGCCAGACACAUACAACCUGGUGUGGAGAGCAGGGAGGGAUGGUGGGAUGCCUAUCAAUGCCUAUUUCGUGAAGUACCGAAAGCUGGACGAUGGUAGUGGUGCAGUGGGCAGCUGGCACACAGUUCGUGUCCCAGGGAGUGAAAAUGAGCUGCAUCUAACUGAGCUGGAGCCAUCAAGUCUCUAUGAAGUUUUGAUGGUGGCUAGAAGUGCAGUUGGUGAAGGACAGCCUGCCAUGCUUACCUUCCGGACCAGCAAAGAAAAAAUGGCAUCAUCAAAAAACACCCAGGCCUCCUUUCCACCUGUGGGCAUCCCUAAGCGACCUAUUACCGCAGAGGCUUCCAACAGCAAUUUUGGAGUUGUGCUUACGGAUUCCUCCAGGCAUAGUGGAGUCCCAGAGGCUCCAGAUCGGCCUACUAUCUCUAUGGCAUCAGAGACCUCAGUCUAUGUCACCUGGAUUCCCCGCGCAAAUGGUGGCUCUCCCAUCACUGCCUUCAAGGUAGAAUAUAAAAGGAUGAGAACUAGUGAUUGGCUGGUGGCUGCUGAAGACAUUCCCCCUUCCAAACUCUCUGUGGAAGUUCGUAGUUUAGAGCCAGGUUCAAUAUACAAAUUUAGGGUCAUUGCUAUCAACCAUUACGGUGAGAGUUUUCGGAGCUCAGCAUCCCGUCCUUACCAGGUGGCCGGCUUCCCAAAUCGUUUUUCCAACCGCCCAAUAACUGGACCUCACAUCGCGUACACAGAGGCUGUCAGCGACACUCAGAUUAUGCUAAAAUGGACGUAUAUUCCAUCAAGCAAUAACAACACUCCCAUUCAAGGAUUCUAUAUCUAUUACCGACCGACAGACAGUGACAAUGACAGUGAUUACAAGAGAGAUGUUGUGGAAGGUUCAAAGCAGUGGCACACCAUUGGUCACCUGCAGCCAGAGACCUCCUAUGACAUUAAGAUGCAGUGCUUUAAUGAAGGAGGGGAGAGCGAGUUCAGCAACGUGAUGAUCUGCGAGACUAAAGUGAAACGUGUUCCUGGAGCUUCAGAGUAUCCCAUGAAAGAGUUGAGUACCCCUCCCAGUUCUUCAGGAAAUGGAGGGAACGUGGGGCCUGCAACCAGCCCUGCCAGGAGCAGCGAUAUGUUGUACCUCAUUGUUGGCUGUGUACUUGGGGUUAUGGUCCUUAUUCUUAUGGUUUUCAUUGCGCUGUGUCUGUGGAAGAGUCGCCAGCAGAGCGCCAUACAGAAAUAUGACCCUCCAGGAUAUCUCUACCAGGGGUCAGAGAUUAAUGGGCAGAUGGUAGAGUAUACCACUCUCUCGGGAACAGCCCGGAUCAAUGGGAGUGUCCACGGAGGCUUCCUCUGCAAAGGCAGCCUCAGCAAUGGCUGUUCUCACCUGCACCAUAAAGGCCCCAAUGGAGUCAAUGGGAUCCUGAAUGGAAACAUAAAUGGAGGGCUUUAUCCUGUGCACACAAACUCCCUAACCAGGACCUGUGUGGAGUUUGAGCAUCCUCAUCAUCUAGUGAAUAGUGGAGGAGUGUACACAGCCGUCCCUCAGAUUGACCCACUGGAAUGCAUUAAUUGUCGGAAUUGCCGGAACAACAAUAGGUGUUUCACCAAAACCAACAGUCCCCUUCCUGUGGUCCCAGUGGUAGCCUCUUAUUCUCCGGAUGGUCUGGAAAUGAAGCCCCUCAGUGCCAUGAAGGUACCUGUGUGUCCAACUUCCACAGUUCCUGACCAUGGCCAGGGGCCUGAGGAGUGCCUCCAGGACAGUAUGGUACCAACACCUAGCCAGCAUACUUGCUGCAAGGACAACAUAAGUGACAUCAAUUCUGAUUGCACAGAAGACACGGCAGAGUUCAACAGAGGAGACAGCAGUGGUCAUUCUGAAGCAGAGGACAAAGUUCUCAGUUGGAAUCCUCUUAUUUUGUCACCCGUCUCGGAGGACUGUGGUGAGAAGACAGCAUGGUCUCCCCCUGGAUCCCCUCUAGACGGGCUGCCAGUGGUCCUUCAGCAAGCCCAAGAGACCUGAGAGGAGUGUGAGCAGGCCUCUUCAUGUUCCCACUGCAAGCCAGUAACUGCACCACACGGGCCUGGGGACAAACUUUGUGAAGGACAUUAAUUCAAAUCAGAGAAAACCAUUAUUUAUUUUUUGUAGUAGUAAUGUCAUGAAUGUAUCUUAAAAUGUGUGCCCUUUUAUAUAAUUUAUGCCUUACAUUUUCCCUUCUUCAUUUCUUCUUCCCCCUGAAUAGGAACACCCCCCCCCUUUUCUCUUUUAUAGAGUUUUUCAAUCAUCUGGAGAGCAGGGAUCAUUGUGUGUUUUCCAGGGCCUUCAGUGGCAGUAGGAACUUGUGCUGGGUCCCGUCUUCUUGCCUAUUCAGUUGUGGGGAGGAGGAUUGCCCUAGCCACUUCACAUUUGUCACCAGUCAUUCCUAGAUGGAAAACUGUCACUUCUCCCAUGUCAUCCGAUUUUCUGGGAACGUUUUGAAAUCAACCAUAGUUGUGAUCAUAUGUUUAUAAUAGCCAACCCAGCUGGGAAAUAUUUUGACUGCCUUCCAGAAAAAAUACUAAUACUGAUUUAUUUUUCUCUCUGUACCUGGGUACAGGUAAUGAUCAAUCUUCUAGGUAUCAAAUUAACCAGUGUUGUUAUGAACAAGGAAGCAUGGAAAGCCUGUUUGGAUUAUUGUAUUAUGUAGACAGGGAACCAGAGUCACAAAGAAAAUUAAUGCCUUCAUGAUCCACUGCUUUCUUUCCAUUUACAAAAUGGUUAUCAUGAGUCUUUUUGUGUUACUUGCAAGGGUAUAUAUAAUACAAAAAUGAGGUGUUUAAAGUGAUAGUUUGAAGAGAAAGCUGUUACACACCUCGAGAAAGAGGAGGGCUGAAGGGACUUCUAAGUGAAGCUCUUUGCCCUGUCCCAUUGUGCUCGUGGUGUUAUACUACUUGAAGACUGGCAUUUUUGUCACUUCCAACAUGGACAGUGUCCUGGAGGAUCUGAGUGAGCACGUGUGAGUGAGUGAGCCUUCUGCCACUAUAGCAAAAGUCCUGAGGUGAUUGUCUUAUUAAGAACACAGGGUUAUCUCGGCUCCCUGUUUUAAUUCUAGUUUGUGAUCAAAUAGGCCUGUAGCUUUGGGCCUGUGUUGAGGGAGCACAUCAUGGUGGGUAUGCAUGGCAGAGCAAAAUAGCUUAUACCACAAACAAGAGGUGAGGGGAGAGAGAGAAGCAGAGUGUGCAGUCCCCGCUAAAAGCACGACUCAGUGAUCUGAAGACCUCACACUCCUCCCUGUUGAAGAUUUUACCAUCUCCAGAGCAUGUCAUCAUGGGACUCAGACCUUGAACACAGAUAGGCCUUUGGAAACCAGUAUCCAAACUGCAGCAGAAUAUCAGGAAAGGUUUAGUGUGAAGAAAGGGUGUGAGGGCAUUUUCUGACAGUUUUUCUGGUCGCCAUCAUUAUGAACAGUAACUCAGGCUUCGGUCAGCAGGCUCCAUGCAGUCAGUUACUGUUCUCUGCAUGACAGGGACAUUGUAGCUGCCUUUGGAAGACCUUUCCUCUGAAUGUGUGAAAUAGAAAAACCAGGUGCUACAAAUGCAUUUCAAUAACUUGAACCGAACCCUGAUGGAUCACAGAUCUGCUUUUGAAUGGUGUAUCCCUUGCAGGAGGAGGGGGGAACAAAAUUAUUCUCUUUAUGUGGAAUAAGAUAAUUCCAGGAUACAUUUUGUUUUCAUUUCCCACAAAUUGCAGUGAAAGAGAAUAAGAUACUGUACUAAUCAACUCUAUAUACAUUUGUCGGUAUUCCCUUACGUAUGUCUGUAUCUUUUAUAAAUAGAACUGUUUGUGGAAAUGUGCUGUUUCAGCAGGGGCCACUAUGCAAGAGUUCCCUCUGUAGAACGCAGUAAAUAGAAUUCCAUAGCUGGGUAGCUGGGUGUUGUAGAAGUGAGUUCUAUGACCCUGGGGUUCAUGGCCAUAGUAUAAAAGAUCCGCAAUUAGGUUUGGAGGCCUUACAUCUUGACUUGCAAAGAACGGUGUAGAGACCUACUGUGUGCUUUGCCAGUUGAGUUUGAACAAAGCUGUCUCGGAGCGGGGAGUUAGGAAAGCAGGAAGCAAAUAUCUGUGGGCACUCAGUUGUUCACUGUGACUCAUGAAACAGGUAUGUUGGCAUGAGCCUUAGGUCAGAACUGCUUUUAAAGAUUGAAUUUGACAUGGGGCUUGCCCAUGAGGAAGAUGAAAUCCCUUACGUUUAGGGCAAUCUCAUUGUGGACUGCUUUAUUUAUGAUUAGUAACGCUGUUUUAAGUGUUAACCCUUUUAUUGUAUUUUAUUUAUAAAAAUGGCUUUAUAUAUUGAGAUAUAUAAAUAUAAAUAUAAAUCUAUAUAAUUGCCUUUA